AGGGGUAGGUCUGGACUGUCAUGAAGGGAACCGGAUCAGCAGCGGUGAACCGGUAGGCGGAGACUGUCCUCUUGCUUCCGCGUUUCCCUCUCACUUCUCUCAUUGCACAGCACGCCGGUAAUUGUGGUCACGUUUCCAACCCUUCAUCCUUAUUUAUUCCCUUUUUAGUUCUACCUGUUGCGAGUUUAUUAAAACGGCUUUACAACAUUUAGCGGAACCCACACAACCCUGUCCUACACAAAGGGGGGUUGUCGACUGGCUCAUCCAUGUAUUGGAGUCCUGGGCCCCAGCGCACCGGCUCCGGCUUCAGCCAUGUCGGCACAGAACGCAGCGGCUGGCGGCGGUGACAGAGCGGGAAGCGAACCGGCAGAUGACGUGCUGGUUGAGGAAGAACAGAGCAAUUCUCUGCCCAGCUUGAUGACCCCAUCCAUAACAUCUGGUAUGUCCUCGAGUAUGGACAUGCCAAGGAAGCGCAAAGGAAGCACAGACAACCAGGAUUCAAAAUUGGCUAUGAUUGACGAUGCAGAUAUGGAAGAUGACCAAAACAGGUCGGACGGAGAGGACCAACAUGUCAAAAUGAAAUGUUUCAGGGAACCACACAGCCAAAUUGAGAAGAGGAGACGAGACAAAAUGAACAAUCUCAUUGACAAGCUUUCAGCCAUGAUCCCCACAUGUAACCCCAUGUCCCGUAAACUGGACAAACUCACGGUGCUCAGAAUGGCAGUGCAGCACCUCAAAUCCCUCAAAGGAUCAGCGAGCUCCUUCUCUGAAGCGAGCUACAAACCGUCAUUUCUUCCUGAUGAAGAGCUUAAACACCUUGUCCUCAAGGCUGCAGAUGGGUUCCUGUUUGUAGUGGGCUGUGAUCGCGGGAAAAUAGUUUUUGUCUCAGAGUCCGUCACAAAGAUAUUAAAUUAUAGUCGGACCGAGCUGAUUGGACAGAGCCUGUUUGACUAUAUACACCCCAAGGACAUGGGAAAAGUGAAGGAGCAACUGUCUGCUUCUGAAUUGCACCCUCGUGAGCGGCUAAUAGAUGCUAAAACUGGUCUGCAGGUUCAGGCUGACCUUCCCAUCGGUGCGUCACGGUUGUGCUCAGGCGCUCGGCGCUCCUUCUUUUGUCGCAUGAAGUACAACAAAAUACCUGUGAAAAUCGAAGAAAAGGAAACGCAGGCAAACAUCUCUAAAAAGAAAGAGUCACAGAAAUACUGCACAGUCCACUGCACCGGCUACAUGCGCAGUUGGCCAACCAGUCAGAUGGGUGCAGAGGGGGACGGAGAGGGGGACAAGCAGGACAGCUCCUACUUUAGCUGCCUGGUGGCGGUGGGACGCGUCCAUUCACACUCGGCUCCGCAAGUUAACGGAGAAGUCCGAGUUAAACCCACUGAGUUUGUUACACGCUACGCCAUGGAUGGAAAAUUCACCUUUGUUGAUCAAAGAGCAACAACCAUUUUGGGUUAUCUUCCCCAAGAAUUGCUUGGAACAUCGUGCUACGAGUACUUCCAUCAAGAUGACUUACUACAUUUAGCCGAUCGACAUCGAAAAGUCCUGCGAAGUCGAGAGAAAAUAGAGACAAACUGCUAUAAAUUCAAAACAAAAUACGGUUCUUUUGUCACUCUGCAAAGUCAGUGGUUUAGUUUUGUCAACCCUUGGAACAAAGAAGUCGAAUACAUAGUGUCAACCAACACAGUAAUAUCGUACGACAACAGUCGAACAGCGCGGUCUGGACACAAGUCUGAACAGUCGGGCAAUUCCAAGGCUUCAGAAGACUGCAAGAAGUCCCUUCCAGUUAUACCAGGCAUCUCCUCUGCAUCUGGAACUAUGAUAUACGCCGGAAGCAUUGGGACGCAGAUUGCUAAUGAGCUGCUGGAUUUCAACAAGCUGAAUUCAUCACCUUCUAGUGGGAACGUCAGUCCAUUCAGUCUGGCACAGGAUAAAUCUCCCCAAACACUCAAUCAGAUCACCAACAGUGUGCCAAACGGAGAAACUUCUGACAUGGAGAUCCCAGGAAAGUCGAGCUCAGAGGGUGAACCUCCAGGGGUUUCAUUCCCAGGGGGAGACUCACUGAUGGGGGAGAAUUCCCAGCUGGAUUUGGACAGUGUUGUUGGACCCAGCCUGAACAGUUUCAGCACCGACGAAGCGGCCAUGGCGGUGAUCAUGAGCCUGCUGGAGACCGACACAAGCUUGGGAGAAGCCGUAGACUUCGAAGAGAUGCACUGGUCUUUAUAAAACCCGUAUAACAGCUGCUGUGGGGAAACAUUUGAGUGAUCCGUUCCUUUGUGACAGGAAUGCUAACUCCAAAAAGCAGCAUUAAUGAUUUUUUUUUUUUUUUUAUGUAAAGACUUUAAAUUAUUAGUUAACCCCUUUCAUCAUAAGCUUUAUAGUUUCUUGACGACCGCUCUCCCAAGAUCAGGAGUAGUGUCCGUAUGGGACACUUUCCCUCCUCAGAUGCAGGAUGUUCCUCUUGAGCCUUGCAGCAGUUUCUCACUAGAUAAAAGUUUUAACAAGUUGAGACAAAAAGUUGAAUUUCCAACUUUUUAUUCCUCCAACCCAGUUUGAAAAAGAUUUAGGUAUGAAAAUGCAAAAAA